UCCGGCCGCCACCAGCGCCCGGGCGAGCCCCGCGCGCCCCGGGUGCGGCUCCGCAGUGAGCCCACCAAACAGCGGCUGCAGGGGUGCUGCCAACAUGGGGCUUAAGCUGUCCUGUCUGAAAGGCUUUAAAAUGUGUGUCAGCAGCAGCAGCAGCCACGAUGAGGCCCCCGUCUUGAAUGACAAGCACCUGGAUGUGCCCAACAUCAUCAUCACCCCCCCGACCCCCACGGGCAUGAUGCUGCCAAGGGACUCCAGGAGGACAGUCUGGCUGGAAGAGACGGGGUCAUGUCCGGAGGAUGGAGAAAUAGACCCUGAAGCCUAAGAAGGAGGCACAGUCAAGGAUUUGUUGGCACCAGCUCCUGCUCUGGCCUCCUCAUUCCACAUGUUCCCAAAGGGGUGUAGCUGCCUGGGACAGAUGUGCUGUUGGGAGAGUGAUGUCAGCACUUGACCAGAAGUGUGGCAAGAUGAGCAAGGAAUCAGCCCUGCACGCUUCCAGAAUGACGUUUCCCUGGCCCCACUGAGUAGACCGGACCUCUAAUGCCUACAUAUUCUAGCUGACCCCAGGGCCACGGUGAUGGCCAUCAGGGUGCCAGGGAGAGUCUUUCUUCUGGACAAAUACAUUCCCAGCACCCUGGGCCAUGCAGACAGUGCCCAGGAGAUCAGCACUCACAAGAACUUCUUGCAAAGGAGUGGCUACAUUUUUUUACAAGUUGUUUUACAGAUAUCAAAACAGUCCAAAAGUGAUUUAUAAUUCUUUUUGCAUUAUAAAUAAAGA